AAAUACAUUUAGUCGACGGUCUGCUUGGUGCGGUGAUGAAUCUACUGCCUACUGGGAUUAAUAUCUCCUAUGAACUGGAUCUCUGCUAAACCAGACGUUUUAGUUUUAGUCUAUUAUGAUGUACUGUUGCUACCAUCUAGCCCGAUUUAUGACAAACCAACAGUGACAUUUUGGCAAACAACAGACAAACUGCAUUGAGGGUUUUGUUCAUCCGUAACUAAAACCCUCGUUUUAAGAUCUUAUUUUGAAGUAAUGUUAGCCUGCUAUCAAACGCACACUUUUCUCAACAUGUCAACUUCGCCAUCUGGAUAACUAUUUUUGUAUUCUUUCUUUGUCUAGCCAACUUUUUGUUUUUAUUGGUGGAUUCUAUUUAGGUAGUUGUUUUUCUCCGAGUUUUUCAUGUAUGUUUAUUUCUACCGGACAUCUUACCAAGAUAGGCAGUUCGGGAGCUAAGAUGUCGAACCGAACCGUUUGCAGAGAAGCAAGUCACGCCGGCAGUUGGUACACUGCCUCAGGCUCCCAGCUGAAUACACAACUAGAAGGUUGGCUGUCUCAAGCACAAUCCACUGUCAGCCCUGCUAGAGCCAUCAUAGCACCCCAUGCAGGAUAUUCCUACUGUGGUGCUUGUGCUGCACACGCCUACAAACAAAUAGACCCUUCUGUCACUCGCAGGGUGUUCAUCUUGGGUCCGUCUCACCAUGUUCCUCUGUCCCGCUGUGCCCUGUCCUCUGCUGAGGUUUAUAAAACACCUCUCUACGACCUCAGGAUUGACCAGGAGGUCUAUGCUGACCUCUGGAAGACUGGGAUGUUUGAGAGGAUGAGUCUUCAGACAGACGAGGAGGAGCACAGCAUUGAAAUGCACCUGCCUUACACUGCUAAAGCCAUGGAGAGUCAUAAAGAUGAGCUCAGCAUUGUCCCGGUGCUGGUUGGAGCCCUCAGUGAGUCUAAAGAACAGGAUUAUGGGAAACUGCUGUUCAGGUAUCUGGCUGAUCCCUCCAACUUGUUCAUCAUCUCCUCUGACUUCUGCCACUGGGGCCAACGGUUCCGCUACACGUACUAUGACGAGGCUCAAGGAGAGAUCCACAGAUCCAUUGAACACCUUGAUAAGAUGGGUAUGGGCAUUAUAGAAACACUGGACCCCAUGUCCUUCAUCAACUACUUGAAGAAAUACCACAACACCAUCUGUGGCCGUCAUCCUAUUGGAGUGCUGCUAAACGCUGUGUCUGAGCUGAGGAAGAGUGGAACAGAGAUGAACUUCUCCUUCCUGAACUAUGCCCAGUCUUCCCAGUGCAGGAACUGGCAGGACAGCUCUGUUAGCUACGCAGCCGGGGCCCUCCUUGUACAUUGAUGUGGUUCACCUCGGACAUUCCCAAAUGGCACCCUCUUCCCUAUAUAGUACUUUUUUACCAGUGCCGAUAGUAGCCUUGUCCAAGCCAGAAAGGCUCCUCCUCUCCUCACCCCUCUCCUCACCCUCCUCCUCUCCUCACCAUCCUCCUCACCCUACUCCUCUCCUCACCCCUCUCCUCACCCUCCUCCUCUCCUCACCA